AUGGUAUUCAAAGUAAAAUGCAGCAAUAACUCGUUAUUUAAGGUGUCACCCGUCUACGCAUUUCUCGAUUCCGGUGCUUCAAUGGACUUGCAGGCAGCAGUUGAAAUAUUGACGUCGAUGCAUCAGUAUAAUCGCUGGGUUGGCACCGAUGGGAAUCGCAUUGACGUCGACAUUCUGACUCUGACAUCUCUUGAUAGAGUGAAAUAUGACAAGCAAAAAACUAGCCUUUCCCCCAAAAACUCAACCUUCGCUGCUUUCGGAGUGUCUUGA